CGCGGCCCGGCCUUGAUGGGGCCGGGACGACCCCGGCGCCCGGACGGUGCAGCAGCGGCGGUGGCGGCGCCUCCCGCCGGAGCCCGCCCGGGAGGAGCCGUCCCCCCGGCCCGGCCCGCACCGCCCGGCCGCGGCCGCCGCGCCGCGUAACCCCCCGAGCCGAGCCCUGCUCGCGGCGAGAGAGCACAGCGGAGAGAGGAGAGCGAGGAGGGACGGACCGCCCGCCGCCCCCUCCCCGGGCCGGCACAGCCGCACCGCCGGGACCUCGCUGCCCCCCGUGAGAGAGCAGCUUUGGUGUUGAAGAGAAACCUCGGAAAGGAAUGGGCCCUGUUCUCUUGAAGCUGUUCACUCUGAUUCCAGUAAUGCUGUAGAGGAUACAAGGGAGCUUCCAGAAGUCAGCCAAGAUGAAUAUGGUGAAGAGGAUCAUGGGCCGGCCCCGGCAGGAAGAGUGCAGCCCCCAGGACAACGCGCUGGGCCUGAUGCAUCUGCGGCGCCUCUUCACGGAGCUCUGUCAUCCUCCACGGCACAUGACCCAGAAAGAGCAGGAAGAAAAACUUUACAUGAUGUUACCUGUGUUCAACAGGGUGUUUGGAAAUGCUCCUCCAAGUACAAUGACAGAGAAAUUUUCUGACCUCCUGCAGUUUACUACUCAAGUGUCACGAUUGAUGGUGACUGAAAUUCGACGGAGAGCAUCAAAUAAGUCCACAGAGGCUGCAAGUCGCGCCAUAGUCCAGUUUCUGGAGGUCAAUCAAAGUGAAGAAGCAAGUAGAGGUUGGAUGCUGCUCACCACAAUCAAUUUACUAGCUUCAUCAGGACAGAAAACUGUGGACUGCAUGACUACAAUGUCAGUGCCUUCCACACUUGUUAAAUGUCUGUAUCUGUUUUUUGACCUUCCACACGUGCCUGAGGUAGUUGGAGGAGCGCAGAAUGAACUACCUCUCGCAGAGCGCCGAGCGCUACUACAGAAAGUCUUUGUACAGAUCCUAGUAAAAUUGUGCAGUUUUGUGUCCCCGGCGGAAGAACUGGCUCAGAAGGAUGAUCUCCAGCUUCUAUUCAGUGCAAUAACCUCAUGGUGCCCUCCCUAUAACCUGCCUUGGAGGAAGAGUGCAGGAGAAGUACUAAUGACCAUAUCUCGUCAUGGCCUUAGUGUCAAUGUAGUGAAAUACAUCCAUGAAAAGGAAUGUUUGUCCACAUGUGUCCAGAACAUGCAGCAGUCUGAUGACCUUUCUCCCCUAGAAAUAGUUGAGAUGUUUGCUGGACUUUCUUGUUUUCUCAAAGACUCCAGUGAUGUAUCCCAAACGUUGUUGGAUGAUUUUAGGAUAUGGCAAGGAUACAACUUCCUCUGUGACCUCCUCCUCAGAUUAGAACAGGCAAAAGAAGCUGAAUCCAAGGACGCUUUGAAGGACUUAGUUAAUUUGAUAACUUCCUUAACAACAUACGGUGUCAAUGAACUAAAGCCAGCUGGUGUUACCACUGGAGUACCUUUCCUGCUACCUGGAUUUGCAGUCCCACAGCCGGCAGGCAAAGGUCAUAGCGUGAGGAAUAUUCAAGCAUUUUCUGUCCUCCAGAAUGCAUUUUUGAGAGCAAAAACCAACUAUCUAGCACAAAUCAUCCUUGAUGCCAUCACGAAUAUUUAUAUGGCGGACAGUGCCAACUACUUCAUUUUGGAAUCGCAGCACACGUUGUCUCAGUUUGCAGAGAAAAUUCCUAAACUUCCAGAAGUGCAGACCAAAUACUUUGAGAUGCUGGAAUUGGUUGUCUUCAGCUUGAAUUACAUACCCUGUAAAGAGCUGAUCAGUGUGAGCAUCCUUUUAAAAUCCAGCACUUCUUUUCAGUGUAGCAUCAUUGCCAUGAAGACACUCUUGAAGUUCAGUCGUCAUGAUUACAUCUUUAAGGAUGUCUUCAGGGAAGUGGGGCUUCUGGAGGUGAUGGUAAAUCUUCUUCAUAAAUAUGCAGCCCUUUUGAAAGAUCCCACUCAGGCACUGAAUGAUCAAGUGGAUUCAAGAAACAAUUCAUUUGAGGACCAAAAGCAGCUGGCUUUAUUGGUUAUGGAGACCCUGACAGUACUACUACAAGGAUCAAACACAAAUGCAGGCAUUUUCAGGGAGUUUGGUGGUGCCAGGUGCGUGCACAACAUUGUGAAGUAUCCGCAGUGCCGCCAGCAUGCCUUGAUGAUCAUCCAGCAGCUGGUGUUGUCACCCAGUGGAGAGGAUGACAUGGGCACCCUGCUGGGGCUGAUGCACUCGGCCCCACUCAUGGAACUGCAGCUCAAAACUGACAUCCUAAGGGCCCUACUCUUGGUGCUGAGAGAGAGCCACCGCACAAGAACUGUUUUUAGGAAAGUUGGUGGAUUUGUGUACGUCACAUCUUUACUUGUUGCCAUGGAAAGAUCUUUGUGCUCACCACCUAAGAAUGGCUGGGAAAAAGUAAACCAGAACCAAGUGUUUGAACUGCUUCACACUGUGUUCUGCACAUUGACUGCAGCAAUGCGCUACGAGCCAGCCAACUCUCACUUCUUCAAGACAGAGAUCCAGUAUGAAAAACUGGCAGAUGCUGUUCGAUUACUUGGCUGCUUCUCAGACUUGAGGAAAAUAAGUCCCUUGAAUGUCUUCCCUUCAAAUACACAACUGUUUCAAAGGCUUUUGGAUGAUGACCUAAUAUCCCUGGAUGCUGUGUCACCUACUCUAAGGCACUGCAGCAAACUUUUUAUUUACCUCUACAAGGUAGCAACAGAUUCUUUUGACAGGCACGCAUAUCAUUCUGUUUCAACACCUCCUGUUUGCCCUCAAAAAAACAUAGCUGAUGUGAAACUCCACACAGGACCCACAUCCAUACAAAGCUCUGAUGCAGUCAUUAUUCACCCUGGUGCUAUGCUUGCAAUGCUGGAUCUUCUGGCCUCUGUUGGAUCAGCUACGCACCCAGAGCAUGCGCUGGAUCUCCAGCUGGCAGUGGCCAAUAUCCUGCAAUCUCUGGUGCAUACAGAGAGAAACCAGCAAGUCAUGUGUGAAGCUGGGCUCCAUGCACGACUUCUGCAAAGAUGCAGCGCUGCUCUGGCAGAUGAGGACCACUCCUUGCAUCCACCACUCCAAAGGAUGUUUGAAAGGCUGGCCUCCCAGGCUUUGCAGCCCAUGGUGUUGAGGGAAUUUUUACGCUUGGGAAAUCCUUUGAAUUGCGGAGCCUGGGACAAAAAGUUGUUGAAACAGUACCGAGUGCACAAACCCAGCUCACUGAGUUUUGAACCAGAAAUGAGAAAUAGCAUGGUCACCUCCAUGGAAGGUCUGGGUCCUGACAGUGUCUUCGGUGCACAUGAGGACAGCCACUAUCGGAUAAGCAAGAGCCUGCUCAAGCCAGCAGAAGGGAGCACAGUGCCCCUGACCAGAGUCAAGUGUUUGGUCUCCAUGACAACCCCACAUGAUAUCAGGCUUCACGGAUCAUCAGUAACACCAGCGUUCAUCGAGUUUGACACAGCUCUGGAAGGAUUUGGCUGCCUGUUCUUGCCAAGUCUGGCUCCCCACAAUGCACCUACAAAUAAUGCUGUUACUACAGGACUUGUUGAUGGUGCCGUUGUGAGCGGAAUUGGAACUGGUGAAAGGUUUUUCCCACCACCAUCUGGUUUAAGCUACUCAACUUGGUUUUGUAUUGAACAUUUCAGUACACCUCCCAAUAACCAUCCUGUGAGACUCCUCACUGUAGUGCGGCGUGCAAACUCCUCGGAGCAGCAUUACGUCUGCCUGGCCGUUGUCCUCUCGGCAAAAGACCACUCACUGAUUGUCUCAACUAAAGAAGAAUUGCUUCAGAAUUAUGUUGAUGACUUCAGUGAGGAAUCAUCAUUUUAUGAAAUUCUUCCCUGUUGUGCCCGUUUCCGCUGCGGUGACCUCAUUGUGGAAGGCCAGUGGCAUCACCUAGUUCUGGUCAUGAGUAAAGGCAUGCUGAAGAAUAGCACAGCUGCACUCUAUCUCGACGGACAGCUUGUUAACACUGUUAAGCUUCACUACAUCCACAGCAGCCCCAGUGGCUCUGGCUCUGCCAAUCCCCCUGUGGUCAGCACAGUGUACGCCUAUAUCGGCACGCCACCCGCACAGCGCCAGCUCUCCUCCCUGGUAUGGCGCCUGGGCCCCACGCACUUCCUGGAGGAAGUGCUGCCUGCCCCAGGGGUCAGCACCAUUUACGAGCUGGGACCAAAUUAUGUUGGGAGCUUCCAAGCGGUUUAUGUUCCCUGUAAAGAUUCAAAGUCUGAAGGAAUCAAUCCAUCACCGGUAUCUUUGGUACCAGAAGAGAAGGUCUCCUUUGGUCUCUAUGCACUGUCAGUUUCUUCAUUUACAGUGGCAAAAAUAAGGAAAGUUUACAACAAGUUGGAUAGUAAAGCUAUCGCCAAACAGCUGGCAAUUUCUUCUCAUGAAAAUGCCACACCUGUGAAGCUGCUGCAUAACUCAGCAGGACAUUUGAAUGGACCAGCACGCUCCAUUGGUGCAGCUUUGAUAGGGUAUUUGGGAGUAAGAACAUUUGUCCCCAAACCUGUUGCCACUACACUACAGUACAUUGGUGGGGCUGCUGCUAUUUUGGGACUUGUAGCCAUGGCAUCAGAUGUGGAAGGGUUGUAUGCAGCUGUGAAAGCCUUGGUCUGUGUGGUAAAGAGCAAUCCACUGGCCAGCAAAGAGAUGGAAAGAAUCAAAGGUUAUCAGCUGCUGGCAAUGCUGUUAAAGAAGAAACGGUCCCUUCUGAACAGCCACAUACUCCACCUGACCUUUUCCUUGGUGGGAACUGUUGACAGUGGACACGAGACAUCCAUUAUCCCAAAUUCUGCUGCCUUCCAGGACCUGCUCUGCGAUUUUGAAGUCUGGCUUCAUGCACCCUAUGAGCUUCAUCUGUCAUUAUUUGAGCACUUCAUUGAACUCCUCACUGAGUCAAGUGAAGCAGCAAAGAAUGCAAAGUUGAUGAGGGAAUUCCAGCUCAUCCCAAGACUGCUGUUGACUCUUCGAGACAUGUCCCUGUCCCAGCCCACUAUUGCUGCGAUUAGCAAUGUGCUGAGCUUUCUACUUCAGGGCUUCCCCAGCAGCUAUGACCUACUCAGGUUUGGACAGUUCAUCUCUUCCACUUUACCUACGUUCGCAGUCUGUGAGAAAUUUGUGGUCAUGGAAAUUAACAAUGAAGAAAAGCUUGAUAGUGGAACAGAGGAUGAUUUUGGAGGACUUGUUUCAGCUAAUCUUAUUCUACUGAGGAACAGGCUUUUAGAUAUCCUCCUGAAACUUCUAUACACAUCUAAAGAAAAGACAACUGUUAAUUUGCAGGCUUGUGAAGAACUGGUCAAGACACUGGGUUUCGAUUGGAUUAUGAUGUUUAUGGAAGAACAUCUUCACUCCACCACAGUCACGGCAGCCAUGCGAAUUCUCGUGGUCCUGUUGAGCAAUCAGUCCAUCCUUAUUAAGUUUAAGGAAGGUCUCAGUGGUGGAGGCUGGCUGGAUCAGACGGAUUCUGUCCUGACCAAUAAGAUUGGUACUGUGUUAGGGUUCAAUGUUGGCCGGAGUGCUGGUGGCAGAUCGACAGUGCGGGAGAUUAACCGGGAUGCUUGUCACUUCCCAGGCUUCCCCGUUCUGCAGUCUCUUCUCCCAAAGCACACUAACGUGCCUGCACUCUAUUUCCUCCUCAUGGCCCUUUUCCUGCAGCAGCCAGUCACUGAACUGCCUGAAAACCUGCAGGUCAGUGCACCUGUCAUCAGCAGCCAGUGUAAUCAGGGUGCCAAGUUUGAUUUAGACUCCAUUUGGACAUUCAUAUUUGGAGUUCCUGCCUCCUGUGGCACUGUUACCUCCUCAAUACACAGUGUUUGCACAGAAGCUGCCUUCUUGUUACUGGGAAUGCUGAGGAGCAUGCUGAAUUCUCCCUGGCAGUCAGAGGAAGAAGGCUCUUGGCUUCGGGAAUAUCCAGUCACCCUGAUGCAGUUCUUUCGGUAUUUGUAUCACAAUGUACCUGACCUCAUUUCCCUGUGGAUGAGUCCAGAGUUCCUGUGUGCGCUGGCAGCAACAGUGUUUCCUUUCAACAUCCGACCAUACUCUGAGAUGAGAUUUUUGGGAAACCGGCUUACCCAUAACUGCACUCUGAUGAAGGUCACUGAUCUUGAUGACGAAGUUGGGUCCCCAGCUGAAGAGUUUAAAGCCUUUGCAGCUGAUUCUGGCAUGAACAGGAGCCAAUCAGAAUACUGCAAUGUGGGCACCAAGACCUACCUCACCAACCACCCUGCCAAGAAGUUCGUGUUUGACUUCAUGCGUGUGAUGAUCAUUGAUAACCUAUGUCUCACACCAGCCAGCAAACAGACUCCACUGGUGGACCUUCUGCUAGAGGCUUCUCCUGAAAGAUCAACACGAACCCAGCAGAAGGAGUUUCAGACAUAUGUUUUGGAUGGAGUGAUGGACCACCUACUUGCAGCUGAUGUUUUAUUGGGUGAAGAUGCGUCUCUGCCUAUAACGAGUGGAGGAAGCUACCAAGUGCUGGUGAACAAUGUGUUUUAUUUCACACAGCGUGUGGUAGAUAAGCUUUGGCAGGGCAUGUUCAACAAAGAAUCCAAGCUUCUUGUGGACUUCAUAAUCCAGCUCAUUGCACAGUCAAAAAGAAGAUCUCAGGGACUCUCGCUGGAUGCCAUUUAUCACUGCCUGAACAGAACCAUCCUGUAUCAGUUCUCAAGAGCGCACAAAACUGUUCCUCAGCAAGUGGCUCUCCUUGAUUCCCUAAGGGUCCUUACUGUGAACAGGAACUUAAUUUUGGGACCUGGAAAUCAUGAUCAGGAAUUCAUCAGCUGCCUAGCUCACUGCUUGAUUAAUCUGCAUGUGGGAAGCAAUGUUGAUGGGUUUGGAUUGGAAGCAGAAGCCAGGAUGACAACUUGGCACAUUAUGAUCCCCUCUGAUAUAGAACCAGAUGGAGUCUACAAUCAAGAUGUCAGUGAAGGUCGCCAGCUUCUUUUGAAAGCCAUAAACAGAGUGUGGACAGAGCUAAUCCACAGUAAAAAACAGGUUUUGGAAGAAGUUUUCAAAGUGACACUGCCUGUCAAUGAUCGUGGCCAAGUGGAUAUAACUGUUGCCAGACCUUUCAUUGAGGAAGCGAGUUUAAAGUGUUGGCAAAAUCAUUUGGCUCAUGAGAAAAAAUGCAUCAGCAGAGGAGAGGCUUUAGUUCCAACCACACAGUCCAAACUUUCAAGAGUCAGCAGUGGAUUUGGCCUCUCUAAACUGACUGGUUCCAGGAGAAACCGCAAGGAGAGUGGGCUGAGUAAACACAACCUCUCUACACAGGAAAUUUCCCAGUGGAUGUUUACUCACAUUGCAGUGGUUCGGGACCUGGUUGAUAUGCAGUAUAAAGAAUACCAGGAGCGUCAGCAGAAUGCAUUGAAAUACGUGACCGAGGAGUGGUCUCAAAUCGAGUACGAGUUACUGCGAGAGCGGGGGCUCUGGGGGCCCCCCAUCGGCUCCCACCUGGACAAGUGGAUGCUGGAGAUGACUGAGGGUCCCUGCAGAAUGAGGAAAAAGAUGGUGCGGAAUGACAUGUUUUAUACUCAGUAUCCCUACAUGCCCGAGGCUGAGCAGGAAACAAACUUGCUGUCUGACUUCUCAAACAGACUUCCUGAGACAUCUGAUGAUACCAUUCCUCAAAAGAAACCUGCUCGCUACCGGAGAGCCAUCAGUUACGACAGCAAGGAGUACUACAUGCGCCUGGCUUCUGGAAACCCUGCCGUCUUCCAGGAUGCCAUAGAAGAGAACACAGUUGGUGAAACAGCUCAGCAGGAGCCAGAGCAUGGGGAGGACACUAUUGCGAGAGUCAAAGGCUUGGUGAAGCCUCCCCUGAAACGAUCUCGCUCUGCUCCUGAUGGAGGAGACGAUGAGAACCAGGACCAGUCACAGGAUCAAAUUGUUGAAGGGAGUUCAAUUGAUGAAGAGGAGAAGACUGACAAUACAACUUUGCUUCGACUUCUUGAAGAAGGAGAGAAGAUCCAGCACAUGUACCGCUGUGCUCGGGUUCAGGGCCUUGACACCAGUGAGGGACUGCUUCUUUUUGGGAAAGAGCACUUCUACGUCAUCGAUGGGUUUACCAUGACAGCCACCAGGGAGAUACGGGACAUAGAGACAUUGCCUCCAAAGAUGCAUGAGCCAAUCAUACCUAGAGGAGCAAGGCAAGGUCCAAGUCAGCUCAAAAGAACUUGCAGCAUUUUUGCAUAUGAAGAUAUCAAGGAGGUGCAUAAAAGGAGAUACCUUUUGCAGCCAAUUGCAAUUGAAGUUUUCUCAGGAGAUGGACGGAACUAUCUUCUAGCUUUCCAGAAAGGGGUUAGAAACAAAGUUUAUCAAAGGUUUUUGGCUGUGGUGCCAUCUCUGACUGACAGCUCAGAGUCAGUGUCUGGGCAGAGACCAAACACCAGCGUAGAGCAAGGGUCUGGCUUACUUAGCACUUUAGUGGGAGAAAAAUCUGUUACUCAAAGAUGGGAAAGAGGAGAAAUCAGUAACUUCCAGUACCUGAUGCACUUGAACACUCUGGCUGGCAGAUCCUAUAAUGACCUCAUGCAGUACCCUGUCUUCCCUUGGAUCCUCGCAGACUAUGACUCAGAGGAACUGGAUCUUACAAAUCCCAAAACAUUCAGAAACCUGGCCAAGCCCAUGGGAGCUCAAACAGAGGACAGGUUAGCCCAGUACAAGAAGCGAUACAAGGAUUGGGAAGAUCCCAAUGGGGAAACCCCAGCUUAUCACUAUGGGACUCACUAUUCCUCAGCCAUGAUCGUGGCUUCCUAUCUUGUCCGGAUGGAGCCUUUUACUCAGAUUUUCUUACGGUUACAGGGCGGUCACUUCGACCUGGCUGACCGCAUGUUCCACAGCGUGCGCGAGGCCUGGUACUCCGCCUCCAAGCACAACAUGGCAGACGUGAAGGAGCUCAUCCCAGAGUUCUUCUACCUCCCCGAGUUCCUGCUCAAUUCCAACAAUUUUGACCUAGGUUGUAAACAAAAUGGCACUAAACUUGGUGAUGUAAUACUCCCUCCAUGGGCAAAAGGAGAUCCUCGUGAGUUUAUCAGAGUCCAUCGGGAGGCUCUGGAAUGUGACUUUGUGAGUGCUCACCUUCAUGAGUGGAUUGACUUGAUCUUUGGCUAUAAACAGCAAGGUCCUGCUGCAGUAGAAGCUGUAAAUGUCUUUCACCAUCUCUUCUAUGAGGGACAAGUGGACAUUUAUAACAUCAAUGAUCCUUUAAAAGAGACAGCUACCAUAGGAUUCAUUAAUAACUUUGGACAAAUACCAAAGCAGCUCUUCAAAAAACCCCACCCACCAAAACGUGUUAGAAGCCGUCUGAAUGGAGAGACUGUGGGAACCUCUGUGCCACCUGGUUCCACAGGUGACAAGAUCUUUUUCCAUCAUUUGGACAAUCUGCGGCCAUCUCUUGCCCCGGUGAAAGAGCUCAAGGAGCCUGUGGGGCAGAUCGUGUGUACUGAUAAAGGCAUUCUGGCAGUAGAGCAGAACAAGGUUCUCAUCCCACCCACUUGGAAUAAAACAUUUGCCUGGGGCUAUGCAGACCUCAGCUGCAGACUGGGUACCUAUGAGUCAGACAAGGCCGUGAUUGUUUAUGAAUGCUUGUCAGAAUGGGGUCAGAUCCUGUGUGCCAUUUGCCCCAACCCCAAACUAGUUAUCACUGGAGGAACAAGCACAGCAGUGUGUGUGUGGGAAAUGGGUGUCUCCAAAGAAAAAGCUAAAGCCCUCACACUGAAACAGGCACUGCUGGGUCACACUGACACUGUUACCUGCUUAACGGCGUCGCUGGCGUAUCACAUCAUUGUGAGUGGAUCCCGGGAUCGCACCUGCAUCAUCUGGGAUCUGAAUAAGCUCUCCUUCCUGACACAGCUCCGAGGGCACAGAGCUCCAAUUUCAGCACUCUGUAUAAAUGAAUUAACGGGAGACAUUGUAUCAUGUGCUGGCACUUACAUCCAUGUGUGGAGCAUUAAUGGCAGCCCUACUGCGAGUGUAAACACCUUCACUGGCCGAAGCCAGCAAAUUAUGUGUUGUUUUGUGUCAGAGAUGAAUGAGUGGGACACCCAGAAUGUCAUUGUAACAGGGCAUUCAGACGGAGUUGUCCGGUUCUGGCGGAUGGAGUUUUUGCAAGUGCCAGAAACACCAGCUCCAGAGCCUGUGGAGAUGCUGGAAAUGCAAGAGGACUGUCAGGAUGCUCAAAUAGGGCAGGAAGCCCAUGAAGAGGACAGCAGUGACUCCGAGGCAGACGAUGCAUGCAUAGGCCAGGACACGAAGGUGCAGGAAAGCCAGAGCCAGCCAAGCAGCACCAGCCACAGGCCUCGGUCAUCAUCAGCCAGAGCAGCAGCAGCAUGGUCAGCAGACAGCGGCUCUGAUGACUCCAGGCGUUGGUCAGACCAGCUCAGCUUGGAUGAGAAAGAUGGAUUUAUCUUUGUGAAUUAUUCAGAGGGACAAGUAAAAAUGCAUCCCCAUGCUCAGGUUAACCACCCCCACCCCAGCUAUGCUGAAGCACGGCACUACAGCAAGCUCAAACCAGGAUACAGAUGGGAGCGUCAGCUGGUGUUCAGAAGCAAGCUAACUAUGCACACGGCAUUUGAUCGCAAAGACAACGCACACCCAGCAGAAAUCACUGCGCUCGGCAUCUCCAAGGAUCACAGCAGGAUCCUGAUCGGGGACGGCCGAGGCAGGGUGUUCAGCUGGUCAGUGAGCGAUCAGCCGGGCCGGUCCGCGGCCGAUCACUGGGUGAAGGACGAGGGUGGUGACAGCUGCUCGGGCUGCACUGUGCGCUUUUCACUCACCGAGAGGCGGCACCACUGCAGGAACUGUGGACAGCUAUUCUGCCAGAAAUGCAGCCGGUUUCAGUCAGAAAUCAAACGGCUGAAGAUUUCAUCACCUGUCAGGGUGUGCCAGAACUGCUUCUACAACCUGCAGCACGAGCGGGGCUCAGAGGAGGGGCCCAGAAAUUGAUGGGGGCCUGGCAAACUUCAUCCAGCCCCACCGUCACUCCAGGAACUAGUGAGAGCAUCAGAAGAAAUUGGAAUAUUGCCUGUUUACACUUACGUUUAUACUGCUUUCUAAGCACUAAGAGUAAAAAGGGAUCAUUGCAUUGGUUUGUGUUGACAGAAGGCAGACGAGGCGAGCAGCAUAAGGAGAAGAGCAAAGCCCAGGAAGACAUGGUUAAUAACCACAAAUCCAACAGAACUGGCAGCCCCUAAGCCCAUGCUGGGCUGGCUGUCGCAAAAAUCCUCACUUAUCGUAAACACCCCUUCUUGUCUUGUUUUUGUAGAGGUAGUCAUCUUAACUGGGGGGAGGGAGGGCAAGGCUUUUUAGAAGAUAGUUGUAAAUCUGCCUUCUUCGCAAGCAACUGUGUAUAUUGUAAAUAGGUAUAAUGGCCUUUUUAUCUAAAUAUGAACUUAACUGCCUGUUACAUGGGACUUCAGAUUAACCACUGUACUUUGUGUGGCAUCUUUAUCUCAUCUAUCAAUUUAAAUACGAAUGUUUAAAAAAAAAAAAACCAAACCAGAAAACUCAAAGGCAUUAUGUGUAUUUCUGUUAAAAAUCCAAUCUGUGCAUGUUUGUUCUUUCAGUUGCCCACAGUAUCUUAAGUGAGGCUAUUCAUAGAAUUACAGAUUUUUUUCAAAAGAAAAUGUUUUUGAGAAUAGGAACUUGGAGUAUUUUAUUCUAGCUGUAAGAUAACCAGGAACUAAAUUGUACACUUGUGUUGCAUUUUAUACCAAACUAUUUACCACCUCAGUGUUGUUCAUAUUUAAUAAGGCCUCUUUUAUACAUAUGUCAGAGGUGCAGUUUUAUUAAUUACUUACUGUUCAUUAGCAGCUGAUUCAUGCAGUGCAAGAACCAGCUUUUACCUUCUUGAGUCAAUAGCAAUUGGCUUUUGCAUAUAGGUACAGAAUUAAUUCCUUGUGCAUAAAAUUGAACUGCUGUUGUCCCAUAGCUUCUCUGCAAAAAACCUUUUUGUAACAACAGGCAUUGCUCUAAAGCAGAGUGGUCUUGGUCAUGUCAGAAAUGCUGCUCGGAGCUCUCUUUGUCUUUCAGCACACACCAUCAGCUUGAGGACAGCAGUAGAUUUCCAUUAUGGUUUUUAAGUUUCAAUAUGAAUUUAAUUGCAGUAUUUUUUUACUACUCUAUCAUUUAUUUUGCACUACAUGUGGGAUGAAGUAGAGACACUGAUAUCCGCUGGGAUUGGAGCACGUGCAUUGGGAUAGGCCCAUGGACUUAAUUUCUGCAUGAGGUCUUGCCAGUUUGGGUGAGAGGGUAGAGGGAGGGCAGCAGGCAGGCUGGUGGUUGGUUUGUUUUUGUUUUUUAACAUAUGUGUAUAUAUUUUGUAAAUGGGUGACAAACUGAUCUAGAGAUAGGUAUAUUCACAAUGGAUUCUUUUAAAUAGAGGUAAGGAUAUGACCCAGACCAACAGAAGACAGGUGGCUCUGGCAGUACUUGAGUGAAUGUUGUCACUCAAAAGGAUGAGAUUAUCCUUCGCUUGGAAUGACUUGGGCAGGCUCUGACCCUGGGACAGCAAAUCUUUAAAACCAGCAUUGUUGUUGGAAUUGCACCAUCAAAAAUUCCAGGCCCUCUCUGUUGAGGUGAGCUCCUUCCAGAGGGUCCCUGGUGCUGUAGGGACACCCCUGUCUUCUCUUGAUUUGAGCUUUUAGCAGUGAAUAAUUUGUUAAUUCUGACCACUUACUAGUUACCCUGGUAUCACAUGUUUAUGCACUGAAGGUUAAAUAUGUAUUUUGAUACUUGUUUGUUUAUUAUGUAUGUGCUGGUCUGUAAAAUGAGAUAUAUUCCUGUUUUGGUAUGUAUACUAGGUCCCCAAAUGAAAAGAAAGGCUUCUCUAGAGUCCUUGCACACUGUUGAGUAAAUCCAGGUUUGUUGAGCUUAGCUGACCCACAUUUUGGAUCCAAAGAGUGAUGGUCAAGUAGCCACAGUGACUACUGGCUACCUGGCAUAUUUGACCCUAAAAACAGGAAGAGGUCCGUGGUAAGCAUGUGCAGAGCACUGGAAUUUCUGUAUUCAGCGGUUCUCUCUAACGUUGCCUUCACCCUUCCCAAAAUGAUGCAAAACCAGCAUACUUCAGAAGACAGGCUAGUGGCCUUAAAGUUUUCUGUUUGAAGAAAAGGCUGUUUUAACAACUCUUACAUACCUUUGAGUCCACAGGCUUUUUCCCCUUGCCUCCAGAUUUCCAAAUCAUCCCCAAAUUUAAGGAAGCCUUCUUUUCUGUGGACUGCAGCUUGUACAGCCACAUGGUUAAACCCUAGUAAAAGCAAGGCUAUGAUAACAACACUGACGUGGUCCAGCACUGAAGCCAGGACAGAGUCGUGCUGUGGGGUCCUGAGGACAGGGCUGUCAGCCGCAGAUGCGUUGUACGGGUGUUGUUCCGCGCCUGCGGCGUUGGCAGUGCACUAAAGAAAUCCUUGUUCCUUACAAAUUCUGCAGUGUGCAGGCUAGGCCCAGUUUACAUUUUGCAAGCAAACCACCACAGCCCUCUGACUUAAUUCUGUUCUCAAAAAACCACAUUUUUGCUUGUUGGAGGCGGAGGGGGACAAACACACCUGCUCAUAUUCCCUCUGGCAGCUGGUGCUGUGGGCAACUGUGGUGUUCACAUGGGAGUGGGUUUUUUUUCCAUUUCAUUCGAGCUUCUAAUGCAAAUAUUUGCUUUGUUUUCCAUGUAAAAAUCUGUUGAGCAAAAAUAUACUCAUUUACACUAACAUUAGUAGACUGUAUUCUCUGCAAGUACCUCACAUGUCUUCUCCUGCCUUGUUCUUUGUAGUAAACUUAUCCAUGUACUCCUAACAUUUGUAUGUAGUGUGUAACUGUAAUGUCAUGCUUUUGAGAGGGGUUGGCUGCCUCCAGCCAACAUUCAUCAGUUCAAUAGCAAAACACUUUAGAUAAGUUAUUUUGCACUUUCUUAUGUAUAAAAUUGGUAGAAACUUAUAUUUGCUUUGUAUCAUUUAAAGACUCCUUUUGUUUCAGUAAAUGAACUGUGUAUAAAAUACUUAUGCAGUUAAAACUGUUUUUAGAAAGUAUUUUUAAUUUCAGCAAGUUUGGUUACUUGUUGCAUGACUAUUAACACAGCUGACUUUUUGUGUCAGUGCAAUGUAUAUUUUUUUUGUCCUGUUAUUAACUUGUAAGCCCUAGUUAAAUGGCCAUUUAUUUGUACAGCAUCAGGAGUAAAUUGAAGAUAACUGGCUAAGACUGGAGUGUGGAAUUUUGUACUAUAUUGCAGAAUCCAAUAUCUGUUUUUUGGUGGUUACGUAAAAGGCCUGACGAUUUACUAUCUAGUGUGCAAUCUGUGAUAUCUGAAUGUUCAUUGUAUAUUUGUCUCCAAUGCAAAAAGGUAGAGUAACACAAUUACAACAAUACAUGAUUAAAUGCAAUAGUUCAGGUACUGAAGUAUUUUUUUUUUCAUUUCAAAUAAAUACCUGCUAUUUACCACCAAAAAGCUGGUUUGCGUUUGUUAGAAAGACAAAUCAUUUGCAGUUAAAUAAACAUUUUUAACUCGGGA